CGGAAGAAGAAGAAGAUGACAGAAGGUUCCAAGAGAACGCCCAGUUCCCCAACCAUGAGCAUCCUGUUGGCGGUGACGCGGCAGAGCCGCUCCCCGACCACGCUGAUAGUGUUCAGCUUCCUGUCCAUGGUGGUGCUGGGGCUGCUGAUGCACCACUUCACGGGCACCAUGCUUCGCCAGCACUUCCCCACGCAGCUGUGCCAGGCGCACGGCGCCAACAUCACCGUCGUCGUGGCCGUACGCACGAAGCCCAACAACUACUCGUACAGGAGCGCCAUCCGAAACUCCAUGGGCCACCCGGUGGUCCGCGCAACACUGCCCUGGAAGGUGGUCUUCUACAUGGGCUACUCGGCGGACAUCGUCAGAUCUCGCUCGCUCCGCCGCGAGGUGCUCAAGGGCGACCUGAUCAUCGCGCCGUACGAGGCCUCCUUCGAGAACACCAUCCCGAUCUUCAUAGACACCGUGCGCUGGAUUCACGACCAGUGCGCGCCAGCCAUGCACCACCUGGUGCACACCAACGACACCACCAUGGUGGACUUCCUCGCCGCGCACGAGUACAUUGACGGCCUGAAGGAAGCCGAGGACCGCCACUUCCACUGCUCCGUCGUGCAGCUGGUCCCGGUGGACCGGAACCCCAACAGCUCGACGUACAUACCCGAGGCCCUCUUCAGGGACGCCUACUGGCCCACCCACUGCCAGGGGGACGCCUUCAUCGUCCACUCUAAGCACCUGCAGCCGCUCGUGCUGUCUUCGGAGGCCAUCGCCCAGUACCCAAUGCUGGGGCCCUACGUGACGGGACACCUCCCUGUCCUGGCCCGCGUUGGACACAGAGACAUCUCGCCCAGGAUGAAGAGACUCGACGAUGUACCAGCGAACCAGAGCAGCCUACGUCCUAUAUUUGUGAGCAACGUUACCGAGAGAUCGCAGUGGAAGGCGCAAUGGCUCAAGACGCUCGUCUGCUACGCGAACGCGAACAAGACGACAGAAGAGAUGACUGACCGGAUAUUGCGCAAGAUCAAGUUCCACACAGCCGACUGAUGGAGAUGGCGAUGGUGGACAGUGUGUCAGCGAUCUUUCUCCCAGAUCACAGCGUCUGCACGUCGUUGAAAGGAUUCAAAGUGAUGUUCGGUUGUUUGUCAUUGCCUCGUCGUGCCCCCCCCCCCCCCCAUCCCCCCUAUUCUUAGUUGCCUUCUGCAUCUUUUGCUGCUGAUGCUGAAGCGGAGACUUCUUGUGUUGCUGUUGCUGUUCUUCUUCAUUCCUGCGUUUCUGCUGUCUUUUGCUGUGUGUUUCAUGCAACGUUACAAGUGCAAAUUAAAAGACCACUACUGACUUCUGAAAGAACCUGAGUGAAGUGUUUAAAAAAAACGCGAACUUUAGCAAAAGCAGGUCAGAUUUUCUUGUAGCGGGAGCCUAUGUUCUUGUGCCCUUGUUUUGUGUUGUGUGCUCUUUCUUUGACCGAUGAAAAUGUAGCAGUCUAGGGAAGCCCCGCUGACUUUAUCAUGUCGCGGCAAGACUGAUGAACUGGAUGUGCUGUGAACUACUGUUCGUUCUUUGAUUUUGUUUGAUUUUACCUGUUGCCAUGUCACUCUCGGCAUGCCUGAAAGUUUCUUGCCACGGUUCAAUAUUUGCAAGUGUCACCGAUGCAUCGCCGAAUAAAAAAAAAUGUAUCCAGUCUGGCUUUUUUUCUUUUACUCUUUU